AUGCCGGCGCAUCGAAUGCAGCUCUGCGCGGCUGUGCUGGAGGACCCCGAUGAGCUCGCAGUACUGGAAGAGAUCCAACAGGAGUUGAUCUUGCAAGAACAGUUGGUUAUCGAAGAGUACGAGCGCAGUCUGCAGUUUGAUGAAGAAUGUCUCAACGCGAUGCUUGAUGGCUUGGAUGCCAGCGACAAGGUCAUCUGCCCCGUGUGUAGAAAGAAUAACCUGACCGUCAGGAGUCACUUUGUUUUCUGCCAGUGUGGAUUAUACAUCAGCACGCAGGGUAUGACAGAAGAGAAGCUACGGUCGCUUCUAGAAAACACUGUCACAGAGCACAGUCACAGGUGCUUUCACAACCCAGAGUUCACAGUGACCAGCGGAAUGGAGGAGGAGGCCAGCCUUCUCAUGAGCUGCCCGGUCUGUGACUCCUGGGCGAUUCUCCUGUAA